CCAGCUAGGCUGAUCCUUGAAGAUGGUUCUGAGUUCAAAGGGACAGCAUUUGGAGCAGAAACCAGUACAGCAGGGGAAAUUGUUUUCCAGACUGGGAUGGUUGGAUACCCUGAGUCUCUCACAGAUCCCUCAUACAGAUCUCAGCUCUUGAUUCUCACUUUCCCCCUCAUUGGAAAUUAUGCCAUCAGCAGCAAGGAACCACAACAUGAUCUGGAUUUGCCCAAGCAAGUUUUAUCAGCAGUCGUGAUCUCAGAACUUUGCAAGUCCUACAGCCAUUGGAGUGCCUCCAAAUCCUUGCAUGACUGGCUCAAAGAGGAAGGUGUACCUGGUAUCUCUGGCAUUGAUACUCGGUGCCUCACACAAAAAAUUAGAGAGCAUGGCACCAUGCUUGCUAAACUCGUCAUAGAUGGCAGUUGUCCAGAGGAGAUUUCAUGGAGUGAUCCAGAUGCUCGGAAUCUAGUCGCAGAAGUUUCUAUUCAGGUUCCAAAGUCCUUCAACCCAUCAGGGGAACCAAGAAUUUGUGUAGUUGACUGCGGUCUAAAGUAUAAUCAGAUCAGGUGUCUUGUAUCCCGUGGAGCUUCAGUUCAAGUGGUGCCAUGGAAUUACAAGCUACAUCCAGAAGAAUAUGAUGGGUUGUUUUUGAGCAAUGGCCCUGGGAAUCCACAGAUGUGUAAAGAAUUGAUUCAGAAUUUGCAAAAAAUUAUUGCUGCAGAUGCACCCAAACCUAUCUUUGGUAUAUGCUUGGGCCAUCAGGUCCUAGCAGUUGCUGCUGGAUGUACUUCUUAUAAAAUGAAGUAUGGCAACAGAGGGCAUAAUCAGCCUUGCCUGCACCAUGGGACAGGACGUUGUUUCAUCACUGCCCAGAACCAUGGCUAUGCCAUUGAUGCCACUUCUCUUCCCAGUGACUGGGAGGUACUUUUCACAAAUCAGAAUGAUGGAUCCAAUGAGGGCAUUAUACACACCUCCAAGCCAUUUUUCAGUGUCCAGUUUCAUCCUGAACAUAUGGCUGGACCUCAGGAUCUUGAGCUGCUUUUUGAUGUCUUUCUUGACUCUGUGAAAGCCAAUCAAAAGGGGAAGGCUUUAUCUGUGCAAGACAUGAUUCAGGGGAAAAUAUUUCAUCCUCUCUCUCCUGAUGUUGAACGAUUAAUUAAUCAAAAGCCUAAAAAGGUCAUCCUACUUGGUUCUGGUGGACUGUCAAUAGGUCAAGCUGGUGAGUUUGACUAUUCAGGGUCUCAGGCUGUGAAGGCACUCCAUGAAGAAGGGAUUCAAACUAUUCUCAUUAAUUCCAACAUUGCCACUGUCCAGACAUCUAAGGGCCUUGCAGACAAAGUUUACUUCCUCCCCAUUACCCCUGAAUAUGUUGAAAAGGUGAUAGCUUCAGAGAGACCGGAGGGAAUACUGUUGACAUUUGGUGGUCAGACUGCAUUGAACUGUGGCUUGGCCCUGGAUGAAUCAGGAGUGUUGAGAUUGUAUCAGGUCCAAGUGCUAGGAAGUCCUAUCUCUGCCAUCAAGGAAACUGAAGACAGAAAACUUUUUGCUGAGCAGAUGGCCAGCAUUGGUGAAAGAGUUGCACCAAGUGAAACUGCAUUCAACAUGGACGAAGCUGUAGAAGCUGCUAGGAAGAUUGGAUAUCCCAUCCUGAUUCGAGCUGCUUUUGCACUUGGAGGUUUGGGCUCUGGCUUUGCAAAUAGUGAAGUUGAGCUGCGUAACCUUGCCUCUCAGGCCUUUGCUUGCACUCAUCAAGUCAUUAUUGAUAAAUCUCUUAAAGGUUGGAAAGAGGUUGAAUAUGAAGUUGUUCGGGAUGCUUUUGAUAACUGUAUCACUGUUUGUAACAUGGAGAAUGUAGAUCCCUUGGGGAUCCACACAGGAGAGAGCAUUGUUGUUGCUCCUUCACAAACUCUUACAAAUCGAGAAUAUAAUCUGCUGAGGUCUACUGCUAUCAAAGUUGUUCGACACCUUGGCAUCAUUGGAGAAUGUAACAUACAGUAUGCACUCAAUCCCCAGUCUGAAGAAUUCUACAUCAUAGAGGUGAAUGCACGACUAUCACGUAGCUCUGCUCUUGCAAGCAAGGCCACGGGCUAUCCCCUGGCAUACAUAGCUGCCAAGCUUUCAAUUGGCUGUCAACUGCCCCUGCUCAAGAAUUCUGUUACAGGCUCAACAACAGCUUGCUUUGAGCCCAGUCUAGAUUACUGUGUUGUCAAAGUACCUCGGUGGGACCUGGCCAAGUUCACUAGAGUCAGCACUAAGAUUGGUAGCUCAAUGAAGAGUGUGGGUGAAGUGAUGGGCAUUGGACGUACAUUUGAGGAAGCCUUUCAAAAAGCUCUGCGUAUGAUGGAUGAGACCACAAUGGGAUUUGACCCUUAUUUAAAGUCACCUUCCAAGGAGGAGCUGGAAUCCCCAACAGACAAGCGAAUCUUUGUGCUUGCUGCAGCUUUGAAGGAAGGCUACAGUGUUGAUGAACUUUAUGAGCUGACAAAAAUUGAUCGAUGGUUCCUCCACAAGAUGAAAGGAAUAAUUGAAUGUCAAGAAUUCUUGGAAGGACUACAGUCACAUAACCUUGACUUGGAAACUUUGUUGCAUGCAAAAAAAAUGGGUUUCUCAGAUAAGCAUAUUGCAAGUUUUGUCCACAGUACAGAGCAGGCUAUCAGGAAGUUGCGAGAAAGACUGGGUCUCCAUCCAUGGGUGAAACAGAUUGAUACUGUAGCUGCAGAAUGGCCAGCUGUGACUAAUUAUCUCUAUUUGACCUACAGUGGGGCAUCUCAUGAUGUGCAGUUUCCUGAAGAAGGCAUUAUGGUCCUUGGAUCUGGCGUGUAUCGAAUUGGGAGUUCAGUCGAAUUUGAUUGGAGUGCAGUGGGAUGCAUUCGAGAACUCAGAAAACUGGGAAUGAAAACUAUCAUGAUCAAUUAUAAUCCUGAGACUGUCAGCACAGACUAUGAUAUGUGUGAUAGACUGUAUUUUGAGGAACUUUCCUUUGAGGCAGUUAUGGACAUAUAUUCCCUGGAGAAUCCAGAGGGGGUGAUUCUCAGCAUGGGUGGUCAAUUGCCCAACAACAUUGCUAUGGAUCUUUUCAAGCAGAAGGUGCGGAUCCUAGGCACCUCUCCAGUCGGCAUUGAUAAUGCAGAGAAUAGAUUCAAGUUUUCUCGAAUGCUGGAUAGCAUGGGUAUAUCCCAACCAAGAUGGAAAGAAUUAUCAGACUUAGAGUCAGCCAUGGAGUUUUGUGAGGAAGUGGGUUAUCCAUGCCUUGUGCGACCAUCUUAUGUAUUGAGUGGGGCAGCCAUGAGCGUGGUUCACUCUCCUCAUGACCUUGAAAAUUAUCUCAGAAUUGCUAGUGCUGUGUCAAAAGACCAUCCUGUUGUCAUAUCCAAGUUCAUCUUAGAGGCCAAGGAGAUAGAUGUGGAUGCAGUAGCCAAAGAUGGGGAAGUCUUGUGCAUGGCUGUCUCUGAACAUGUAGAGAAUGCUGGUGUGCAUUCUGGAGAUGCUACCCUUGUCACUCCACCACAGGAUCUCAAUGAUGAAACAUUAGGAAAAAUACGUGGCAUUUGCAGGGCAGUUGCUCAACAACUUGAAGUUACUGGACCAUUCAAUUUACAACUCAUUGCAAAGGAUAAUCAGUUGAAGGUGAUAGAAUGCAAUGUAAGAGUCUCGAGGUCUUUCCCUUUUGUUUCCAAGACUCUGAAUCAUGACUUUGUAUCAAUGGCAACAAAAUCCAUAGUUGGGAUCACUCUGGAACCAGUAGAUGUACUUCAGGGAUGUGGCAGAGUUGGAGCUGAUGUGAUGUUGGGAGUGGAGAUGGCUUCAACUGGGGAAGUAGCAUGUUUCGGAGAAAACCGCUAUGAAGCCUAUCUCAAAGCUCUCAUGAGCACAGGCAUCAGCAUACCAAAUAAAAGUAUUCUCCUCUCUGUUGGAAGUUAUAAGCACAAGAUGGAAUUACUUCCAAGUGUUCGAAUUCUGGAGAAGAUGGGUUAUGUUCUAUAUGCCAGUACUGGGACUGCAGAUUUCUACUUUGAGCAUGGGAUAAAGGUACAUCCGGUGGAUUGGCCCUUGCCAGAUUUGAGUGAGGCAACAUCCCCAGCCCAGCAGCGGGAGUCCCUGACCACGAUCGGGGAUUACUUGACGAAGAAAGCUGUGGAUUUUGUGAUCAAUCUACCAAUGAGGACAGGUGGGGCUCGCAGGGUAUCCUCCUUCCUGACUCAUGGCUACAGGACCCGGCGGAUGGCCAUCGAGUACGCCAUCCCCCUCUUCACGGACGUGAAAUGUGCCAAGCUCCUUGUCGAGGCUCUCCGACUGGUGGGAAGAACACCCCAAGUGAAGAGCCAUGUAGAUUGCCUAAGUUCACACCGGAUCCUGGUCAUACCUGGUCUCAUUGAUGUCCAUGUCCAUCUUCGGGAACCAGGAGCAUCUCACAAGGAGGAUUGGAGCUCUGGAACUGCUGCUGCAUUGGCUGGAGGAAUCACAAUGCUUUGUGCCAUGCCAAACACUGAUCCUGCUGUUGUCAAUCAAAGUACAUUCCAACAAGUUUGCUCGAUGGCAGAGAAAGGUGCUCGAUGUGACUAUGCAAUAUAUCUUGGAGCAACAAAUGACAAUGUGAGUGACUUGGUUGACCUCUGUCCACUUUCUGCUGGCCUGAAGAUGUACCUGAAUGAUACCUUCAAUGCUCUUCAAAUGGGUGGCAUUGGAAGUUGGAUUCAACACUUAGAGAGCUGGCCACAGACAAGACCAUUGUGUGUCCAUGCUGAGGGUCAGACCAUGGCAGCUAUCAUUCUCAUGGCCAGCUUGGUUGAUCGACCAAUUCACAUUUGUCAUGUUGCGCGGAAGGAAGAGAUUCAGCUCAUCAAGGCUGCAAAGAGCAAGGGACUCAAGAUCACAUGUGAAGUGUGUCCUCAUCACAUGUUCCUUAGCACAAAGGAUUUGGACAAACUUGGGGCUAAGAGAUGCUCAGUGAGACCAAGUUUAGGAAGUACAGAAGAUGUGGAAUCCCUAUGGCAGAACUUGGAUGUUAUUGAUUGCUUUGCCACUGACCAUGCUCCACACUUGUUGGAGGAGAAGGAAAGUGAGAAAUGUCCUCCUGGAUUUCCUGGACUGGAGACCAUGCUACCUCUCCUUUUGACUGCUGUCAAUGAAGGGAGACUGUCAUUACAGGAUGUGGUGGAGCGAUUGCAUUACAACCCCAAGAGAAUCUUCAACCUGCCUGAUCAACCAGAUACCUAUGUGGAAAUUGACAUGGACAAAUCUUGGGUUUUGCCUACUCAGAUGCAGUUCUCAAAAGCCAAAUGGACUCCUUUUGCUGGCUUCAAAGUUCAAGGAUGUGUUCAUCGUGUCAUUCUUCAUGGAGAAGUGGCUUAUGUUGAUGGAAAUGUUCUUGCUGCUCCUGCAUAUGGACACAAUGUGCGUAGCAGUGAUUUUGGAGCAGGAACAAAAGCAGGAGUUGAACAAGAGAAGAAAUGGGAAAGUGCACGCACUUCUCACACCGGUCCCUUACCCAUUUGGAAGAGCUCAAAGCAAGGAGAACAGAAAGAACUUUACUCUGUGAUGCUCAAAGAACUUGGUAUCCAGCGGCUGGGCAAACCUGAGGACAUGGGAAAAGGACCUCGGAAGCAACCAUUAUUGGAUACUUCAGGUGAAGACCUGCCUUCUCUAACUGGAUCUCCUAUUGGAGGACGUACAUUUGGACCAGCAUCUCACUCUCACACUGGCCCUGGCUCACAUGGUCUCAAUGGACAUCACAUAAUCUCCAGUUUGUACUUCAGCAAGGAGCAACUUCAUUACUUAUUCAAUCUUGCACAGUCUUUCAUGGUGUCUGUACAGAAGGAUCGUUCCUUAGAUCAUGUUUUGAAGGGGAAGCUUAUGGCCCUGGUCUUCUAUGAAGUAAGUACACGCACCUUGUGCAGCUUUGCAGCUGCAAUGCAACGGCUUGGUGGGAGGAUCAUCCAGAUGGACAGCAUCUCUUCUUCAGUAGCCAAAGGAGAGUCACUUGAAGAACAAUUGGCACUCUUCCUGCUAUCUUCUUCAAUCUUUUUAGACACUGUAGCCAUGAUGGCUGGUUACUGUGAUGUGGUUGUGUUGCGUCAUCCUGAACCUGGUGCUGUUGCUAGAGCAGCAAGUGUAAGUAGAAAGCCUGUCAUCAAUGCUGGAGAUGGAACUGGAGAGCAUCCAACGCAAGCCUUAUUGGAUGUCUUCACAAUUCGUGAAGAAAUUGGGACUGUAAAUGGUCUUACUAUUACAAUGGUCGGAGACCUGAAACAUGGUCGAACAGUUCACUCCUUUGCUCGCCUUCUCACUCUUUACAAUGUCAAGCUUCAAUACCUGUCGCCACAAGGACUGGAAAUGCCUACAGAGGUCAUGCAUUAUGUCUCCUCUCGUGGAAUCCAACAGGCGUUGAAUAAGAACUUUUUUUAUCAUGCUCAGGUGACAGUGACAAACUUUGAAGAAGCUAUUAGAGACACUGAUGUGCUGUACAUGACACGGAUUCAGAAAGAACGCUUCGCCUCUGAAGAGGAUUACGAGAAUGCCUGUGGUCACUUUGUGGUAACCCCAGAGUUGAUGACUGGAGCCAAGCAGAGAAUGAUCGUGAUGCAUCCAUUGCCACGAGUCUAUGAGAUCUCCCCUGAUUUGGAUACAGACCCCAGGGCUGCUUACAUGCGCCAAGCCGAAAAUGGCAUGUAUGUUCGGAUGGCCUUACUUGCCAUGGUUUUGGGAAAGUACUGAAGCUAAGCCUGAAUCUCAUUCCUUCCUCUCGAAUCUCCUGAAAUUGAAUGAAUUAAUUUUGUAUAUUCCAUUCACUUGCAAUACCUGUUCGGGUGCAUUCUUUAUUGUCGGA